CAGGAGCGCGUGUGAGACUGACAUGCUUUUCAUAACGCGAGACCCGUCGACAAUCAUUGGAAGGUUGCUUACAUACUGCAGCCGUAAUUGUAAAAUCCAAUUAAGAAGUUAAAUUUGUUCCGAUGUUACCGACAUUCAAAGAAAUCUAUUAAUAUGAACUAUUUAUCAUUAUUUGAAGUUGACCAACGGUGCGACCUGACCAAUACAUCUGUUCGGACAUCAAUAAGUCGGAUUGAAUAGUCCAGCAUCAGUUACAUGUACUUUUAGAAAAUUUUCAGAUUUUCACAAGUCAAACGCUGGUGUCUUGUGUUCCAUAUCCAAUCUGGUCAAUGUAAUUGUGACUAGUUCCGGGAUUGAUUCUUCUGACUCCUUGAUACACGUGGCGUACAUGUGUCGGUGAAAAACUGACUUGUAAAGAUUUAUUGGAACUAUCUCACGGUUUCAUACAGUUUAGAAAAUUGAAUUUUUUUUUAUAGUCUGUGUACCACGUUCUAUCAGACUAUGUGCCUUUGUGAUAACGUAAAAUAACUCAUUAUUUCUGUUUGUCAAUUCCUACUUACAGCAAUAGUGACAUGCUCAAUGUAUUGAAAUCGACUGGUUCCUCGUUAUAGACAAUACUGGGUAGUCAGAUAGCAGAACGCUGUGUACACACUAUCGCGCGCGUUCACCGUCGCGAUACACACAGCACAACUAUUGUCCAUAGAAAGGAUUUAUAAUGACUUCACCAGGCACGACAACUGUUAUGAAUUUGAUUCCAGACAACACUACGGCUAAUGUUUACGACGCCAGUUAUUUGCAAACAGGAGAAACAAACAUGAAUGACUCUGUGCCAGCAUUCAGGCGGUUUUCAGUGGAAGUUUCACCUGUGCCCUCCUGUAUCACAGCAAGCAUUGGUAUACUUGGUAACGUCCUCGCCAUUGUAGUUCUGUUUAGGUCCGCCAACGCUCACAAAUGGAAGACAUUUUACCGUCUCGUGUUAGCCCUAACUAUAACGGAUCUUUUCGGUAUUGUGGCCACAACACCUGUCGUUUUAUUGGUAUAUGCAAAUAGCAUUCAGUUCAUUGGUGGACAACCUGUGUGUGACUACCUGUCCUUCAUGAUGGUGUUCGCAGGGUUCGCAACCAUUUGCAUCGUGACAUCCAUGUCUUUUGACCGAUUUCUGGCCGUUUGGUUUCCAUAUUCCUAUCAUACGACCGUCACACGGCGACGUGUUGCGGUCACUCUUUUAAGUAUCUGGUCAACGGCCAUUGUCCUUGGAUGCCUACCUAUAUUCGGUCUUGGACAUAAUAUUACGCAAUAUCCAGGUACUUGGUGCUUCUUCAACUUCCAUAGCACACUAAUAAUGGACAGUGUCUUUGCUAUUCUGUAUGCAUCUCUUGGCAUAGGAAUCAUUUCCUUCACAGCGAUAAUGAACCUUCUGGUGUCCGUUAAACUCAAACAGCAAAAGAGAAGGUACAGCUGUGUGAUUAAAAUCUCAGACGGUCCGUAUGAAAAGAAUCGCACACGGUGUCUAAGGAACAAUAUAACACAGAUGGUAUUUCUGAUAUCAGUGACUUUGGUGUUUGCUGUAUGUUGGCUUCCCUUGAUGAUUCAAGUGUUAAUAAAACAGAUUCAGAAGAGCACCGGUCCUGACUGGGUUGAUCUGAUGGCAGUGCGUCUUGCAGCAAUCAACCAAAUCCUUAAUCCCUGGAUCUACAUCAUACUGCGGAAGGAGUUUCUCUCAGAUAUCUGGACAGUGGGCCUCAAGUCUUGUAGGAUACCUUGCGCACGGGUACCUGAUAAUAAUAAUGUGGGUGAUAUAGCUGUCUCUGUCUCGAGCAGAAAACAAACUACAUGCAUGUUCACAGAUCACACAGAAUUGGCGGUAUUAAAAACGUGAUAACAGGAGGAAGUGUUAAUGUAUAGCUUAUAAACACAAUCAUACGCUGGAUGUGUACUUCCAGUCAGUCGUGACGCCUUGUAGACCACCGAUGGAGUAUAUAUAUAGUCCUUUUCAGAGCAUACACUUUCCUGCCAUUAGUAUCGCCCAGAAAAUGACUGAUUGGGUGUAUACCAGGGGUAGCAACAUAAACAUUCUUAUCAGAAGACAAAUUAUUGAGUUUUAACAUUCCUGUCGGCAGUACAACUCGGAAGAGCAGUGAUUGAGUGUUAACUUUCCUGCUAGUGGUGUCUCUCUAAAGACAAGUGUAUGAGUCUUCAGAGUAAACAUUCCUGACAGUUGUAUUGCCCGGAAGACAACCGAUGGAGUAUAUGGCCUUGUCAGAUCUCAAACAUUCCUGACAGUGGUAUCGCCAAUAUGACUUCUUAACAAAGGCAAAACAAAAUCUCUCCUUUAUUCAGCUUAGGAUCAAAACAAGUUUAUUUACAUUUGCCCCCGCGCCGUCCCAUUACAACAGUGUUAGAGGGCAAGUGUAAUUAUAU